AUUUUACCCUGUAUGGUAUAUUUUAUUUCCUCGUUGCACUAGAAGUCUAGAACACAUAAAUUCAUAGUAGUCUCCACGUAUUCCGGGCACAGGUGGUUACAAAACUUUUAAUGUUGGCAAGAAAGGAAAGAGAAACCAAACCAAAGCAACAAAAUUUCAUUCACUAUUUUCAUAUUCACACACAGCACCAAACUCUGUGAUUGUACCAAACAAUGGAGAAGAGUCCGCACUCGAAUUCCGGUGGAGACUGCCGGAGGGAACCGCUUCUCGAGUCGGAGGACGGCGUCGCUUCAAGCAGGUCUUGGAGGCUUAACAUCAAUGAGUUUCGCAUUCCGGAACAGAACGAGGGUGAAGGUGAAAAAGGGUGUCGACCCUUCAGUAAUAUCCGUCGUCUAUGCACACCCAGGAAAAAGUUCAGAGUUGAGCAAUAUUACAAGCAACAAGGAAGGCUUCUUGAAGGGUACAGUGAGAUGGAGACCAUGGCUGAAGAGGGUUGGUUGCCAGGAAGUCUCACAGAGGAUGAAAUGAAGCAGCUAGCUAAGAGUGAGAGGAUGGCAGUUCAUAUAUCAAAUGUAGCUAAUUUGCUGCUCUUUGCUGCAAAAGUUUAUGCUUCAAUCAUGAGCAGAUCACUGGCAGUUAUUGCCUCUACCUUGGAUUCCCUCUUGGAUCUCUUGUCUGGCUUUAUUUUGUGGUUCACUGCCAAUGCCAUGAGAAAGCCAAACCGCUUUCAUUAUCCUAUUGGAAAGAAACGUAUGCAACCAGUGGGUAUCAUUGUCUUUGCAUCUGUUAUGGCAACUCUUGGACUGCAAAUAUUGCUCGAGUCUGCUCGGGAACUCGUCUCAAAGUCCCCAGCAGAAAUGGAUGAUGGACAGGAGAAGUGGAUGAUUGCCAUCAUGGUCUCGGUCACAGUAGUGAAGUUUCUGCUCAUGGUCUACUGUCGUAGAUUUAAAAAUGAAAUUGUACAGGCCUAUGCACAAGACCACUUCUUUGAUGUCAUUACUAAUUCAGUUGGUCUAGCAGCAGCAGUCCUAGCCCACCGGUAUAAAUGGUGGAUUGAUCCUACUGGUGCUAUUGUCAUUGCACUUUACACCAUCAAUACAUGGGCGAGGACAGUCUUGGAGAAUGUGCGUUCGCUAAUCGGAAGAACAGCUCCACCUGAGUUUUUGGCCAAGUUAACCUAUCUGAUAUGGAACCACCAUGAGGAGAUCAAGCACAUUGAUACAGUGAGAGCAUACACAUUUGGUAACUGUUACUUUGUGGAGGUCGACAUAGUCUUGCCAGAAGACAUGCUUCUGAACAAAGCACAUAACAUUGGCGAGACACUCCAAGAGAAGCUCGAGCAACUUGCUGAAGUCGAACGGGCCUUUGUGCAUAUCGAUUUUGAGUUUAGUCACCGGCCGGAACACAAAACUAGCGUAUGAUGGUGAGAAUUGUAGUAGCUAGGAGCAGAAACUCAGCUUUCCGGAGCACAGAAGUUUUUUAAUAAGCUGAUGUUUUUGUUUUCAUCUUGUAAUCUCCUCAUUUGUACUACGAGCUGGAUGUUUAAUGGUAUUAGUACCUUGUUACGGAUUUAGUUCCUCCA